CCGCCGCCGCCGCCGCCGCCGCGGGCGUAGGGGAGGGGAGAGGCGGGCGGGGGUGGCUGCAUCCUGAACGGCGCCUCCCGGAACCUGGCCGGUUAGUGGCGGCUUCGAGACCAUAGUGAGACAUGAGCCGGAGUAGCCAUAAUCGCUGCGUGCAGUGUGAAGGAUGAAUUGAGGGAUAAAGUGAGAAGCGAGGAGAACAACUAGGCUCUUUUCCAGCGGGUAACUAGGUACAAGAAAAUAAAGACCUUAUUCAAAGAAGUCUGACGGCAACCGAAACGUCUCAUCUUCCCAUAAUAAAGAUGGCGGCGCCUUGAAGUAAGCUACAAGCUACAACCACUUCCGUGUUUCCCUUGCGCCCUGGUCCAAGAUGGCGGAUGAGGCCACGCGACGUGUUGUGUCUGAGAUUCCGGUGCUGAAGACAAAUGCCGGACCCCGAGAUCGGGAGUUAUGGGUGCAGCGACUGAAGGAGGAAUAUCAGUCCCUUAUUCGGUAUGUGGAGAACAACAAGAAUGCUGACAACGAUUGGUUCCGACUGGAGUCCAACAAGGAAGGGACUCGGUGGUUUGGAAAAUGCUGGUAUAUCCAUGACCUCCUGAAAUACGAGUUUGACAUCGAGUUUGACAUUCCUAUCACGUAUCCUACUACUGCCCCAGAAAUUGCAGUCCCUGAGCUUGAUGGAAAGACAGCAAAGAUGUACAGGGGUGGAAAAAUAUGCCUGACGGAUCACUUCAAACCUUUGUGGGCCAGGAACGUGCCCAAAUUUGGACUAGCUCAUCUCAUGGCUCUGGGGCUGGGUCCGUGGCUGGCAGUGGAAAUCCCUGAUCUGAUUCAGAAGGGUGUCAUCCAACACAAAGAGAAAUGCAACUAAGGAAGGAUCAAGCCACUGAGGCAGGGCAGAGGGACCUUUGAGAAGCUGUGAUCCUGUUUUCCUGUGCAUCACACUUAACUCAUCUAACUACUUCCCCGAACACCCUCCACCUCUAGUUGUUACUAAGUAGCUGCAGCAGGCAUUGCUGGGGGAGAAGCAAACACCAAACAGUAUCGCUACUUAGUUUCUAAGGCUGCACAGGGAAGGGAAAGACUGGGGUUUGGAAAAUCUAGAGGCAAUUUAUAUUCGCCCAAGGUGGAGCAACAUGCGAUCAUGGAGGCAUAGGGAGUAACUGAAAUUGAGUACAUAGUCUUUCUGGUUUCUGGAGAUAACAAUAAAAGCUGCAUCCUCUGGUA